AUCAAGUAUUACCAUACAAGUUAUAGCUCGUGUUAUAAGUUGUAUUUGAUUUCAUCAAUAAAGAUAAUUAGAAUUAGAAUUCUUAGUAUUUAAUAUACUAGUGACUGUCAGUGUAGCAACUCAUAUUUACAAUGACAGAAGAUAAUAAUUGUAUAAAUCAAACUUUGGAAAAGCCGGAUAGUACCAAACGUACCGGCGUCUGUGCUAUCAAACCUGAGUUUAUUUUGGAAGAUAAUGUGAGGACACAAAGUGGAAAUAAGGUGAAUGAUAAAGAUUCUUUUGAAUCUGAAACAAAAAGUAAUGAAGAAAACCUGUCAAGCGAACCACCAGCCAAAAAGCAAAAAAAAGACAAGCCUAGGGGACAAAAUAAAAACAGAAGUGUACCUUUUAAGGCUUUGCGAGAACAUAAUUUAUGUCCUUGGAUAGCUGAAGCAACAGUUGAAAAUUCCGAAAAAAAGUGUACAAAUGAGAAAUGUACUUUUAUACAUGACAGAGCUGAGUAUUUAAAAAUAAAACCUGCUGAUAUUAGCUCUGUAUGUAUAAGUUUUGAAACCACAGGAAGAUGUCAAAGAGGCUUAGCUUGUAGAGUAGGAUCCAAACAUAUUACUGCAGAUGGGUUUAAUAUCAUUGACAAAGAAAAAUAUGAAGCUUAUAAAAAGUUGCCUCCUGCAACUAAAAAUGUAAUUGAUAGAGAUUUACUAGAAAAUUUAAGGAAAUACAGAUAUGAUUUUAGCAAAGCUGAAACAAUCAUUAAAAAACAUAAUCCAAAAUGGAAGGAAACGCAUACAAAGUCUAAUAAAUCUACAAAUUGUGAUGCUUCUGUAGUAGAGAAAGAAUCUAUUGAAAUAAGAACAUUACCUGCAAAAUCUGAACAAAAUAUUGUUCCUGAAAUAAAGUGUGAUACAAUUAGAGCAGAAAACCCUAUUGAAAUGAAACCAGAAUCAGUACCUAUGGAAUCUGAACAAGAUAUUGGUCCAAUCCUAAACACAGAUGUGAUAAAAAUUCGUUCUAGUGAAAAAAAGACCAUUGAUUGGAGAGAUAAAUUGAUGUUGGCACCUCUGACAACUGUAGGAAAUUUACCAUUUCGUCGUAUUUGCAAAGAAUUUGGAGCUGACAUUACAUGUGGUGAAAUGGCAUUGUCCCCACGUUUGUUAAAAGGUGCUCUAGAAGAAUGGGCAUUGGUUAAGCGUCAUGCUAGUGAAGAUUUAUAUGGUGUGCAAAUAGCUGGCAACAAUGCUGGUGUGAUAGCAAGAUGUUCCCAGUUUCUUAAUGAUGAGAUGGAGGUGGACUUUGUUGAUUUGAAUUUAGGAUGCCCCAUAGAUUUUAUUUAUAAACAAGGUUCUGGUUGUGGAAUGAUGAAUCGACUUAAUGUUUUAGAGCAUGUUGUUAAAAGUGCUUCAGAAGUUUUAGACAUACCAUUUACUGUAAAAACUAGAACUGGCGUAUACAUGGAUAAACCCACAGCACACACACUCAUGCCUAAAUUCAGAGAAUGGGGUGCUUCAAUGAUAAACAUUCAUGGUAGAUCUCGUGAGCAACGGUAUACAAAACUCGCUGAUUGGGAUUACAUAGAGCGUUGUGCUCAGGCUGCUGUACCAAUACCUGUUUACGGAACUGGCGAUAUUCUUUCUUACGAUGAUUACGCUCGUUGUCGCCUCGAAUGUCCCACCGUGCAAGGGGUGAGCAUUGCAAGAGGUGCCUUAAUCAAGCCGUGGAUAUUCCAAGAAAUCAAAGAAAAAAGAACUAUUGACAUAUCUGCCACAGAAAGAUUUGAUAUCAUGAAAAGAUUCACAAAUUAUGGUCUAGAACAUUGGGGUUCUGAUACUCGGGGUGUUGAGACGACGAGGAGAUUUUUGCUGGAAUGGAUAUCCUUUUUGUAUAGAUAUAUUCCAGUGGGAAUUUUAGAAAAUCCUCCACAAAAAAUGAAUAAUAGACCACCUUAUUACAAAGGGCGAAACGAUUUGGAAACGAUGAUGGCGAGUUCGAAUUGUGCCGACUGGAUUAAACUUUCAGAAAUGUUGCUUGGCAAAGUUCCUGAUGGAUUCAAAUUUUUACCGAAACAUAAAGCAAAUGCAUGGAAUUGAAAUGAAAAAA